UAUGUUUAUCCUUCAAUAUUUAUACUAAAUGCAUGAAAAUCUUGCUGAAGUACUAAUAAAAUAAGUAGAUACAGAGAUACCAAAGAAAGUGAUUCAUGCCGAAAAAUAACGGUCUGUGUUACCAACAUUAUCUGUCAUUUGAUCUUUAGGUGUCAGCAAGAAGGAUAACAGAGUAGUACUUAUCUCUGUCCUUCAGCAGCAUCUGUCCUUCAGCAGCAUCUGUUAUCUGUGCUUCAGAGAGGAAACAAAUGGGGUUCAAGAGCUAGCAAUGAGGAUCUGGAGUUGCCCCAGUUUGAUUUUAAUGUUAUUGCAACUGCUACCGAUAACUUCUCCAGCCUAAACAAACUUGGAGAGGAGGGGUUUUGGUCCAGUUUACAAGGUCAAACUAACAGAAGGAGAAUUAAUAGCAGUAAAGAGACUUUCAAAAUAUUCUGGGCAAGGUGCUGAAGAGUUUAAGAAUGAAGUUAUGAUGAUAGCCAAUCUUCAACACCGGAACCUAGUUAAGCUUUUGGGUUGCUGCAUUGAAGGAGAAGAACGGAUGCUAAUCUACUAGUACAUGCCCAAUAAAAGCUUGGACUUCUUCAUUUUUGAUCAGCAUAGGAAGGUGGUGUUGAGUUGGCAGAAGCGAUUUGACAUUAUAAUGGGGAUAUCAAGAGGUUUACUCUACCUUCACCAAGACUCCAGAGUGAGAAUCAUUCACCGGACCUUAAGAGUAGCAACAUCACGGGACCUUGAUGAUGAGCUCAACCCCAAAAUAUCCGACUUUGGCAUAGCAAGAAUUUUCGGAAACAAUCAAUGGGAAGCUAAAACCAAACGAGUAAUUGGCACAUAUGGUUAUUUGUCUCCUGAGUAUGCAAUUGAUGGCAAGUAUUCAGUGAAAUCGGAUAUCUUCGGUUUUGGAGUGACUUUGUUAGAGUUAAUAAGUGGCAGAAAGAACAUAGGGUUUCAUCAUCCAGACCACUAUCACAGUCUUCUGGGACAUGCUUGGCUACUGUGGAACAAAGGCAAAGGUUUGGAACUAAUAGAUCCUUGCUUGAAGGAGUCAUAUAUUGAGUUCGAAGUGCUGAGAUGCAUUCAAGUAGGCCUUCUGUGCGUUCAGAAGUUGCCGACAGGCAGACCAGAAAUGUCAUCAGUGCUUCUUAUGUUGAGCAGUGAGGGUGUAGCAUUGCCUCAACCAAAGGAGCCUGGUUUUUUCACAGAAAGAAGUACCACAGACAUUGAUACCUUCACAGGUGAGGGAAGAAGUGACACGGGAACCACAUUUACUAUUACGGUGGUAGAUGCUAGAUAAUCACAGUUCAUGCUUCGGAUUCACGCACCAGGAAACUCGGUCACUUUUCUAUUAUACAAAAUUAUAGGGUGGAUAGGGUGGGAAACUAUAGGGGUGGGAUAAGUUUACUUCCUUGCCAAAGGAGGGAAAUUUAAAACUCUCAAUUACUGAGCGGCUCAUAUAUAUAUAUAUAAUGUAUGUUACACAUAGCUCAGUCUUCUAACAAACGCACUCGAAGAGAUUAAGAAAUAUUAACUAUGAUAAUAUCGAGUAUUUUCUCAUCAUUCCUCCAUACACUUGGUUUUCUCCAUCGGUGGAGAUAAUGUUUCGAAUAGACUUAACG